AGGAGGGACAGGUCUGUGGAUGUGCUGCACUCUCUGCUUGGGCUGGGGUGCAGUGACAAGGCUCAGAGCUGUGCCUGCUGCUGCUCUCACUCCACAACGGACUAGCUGAAGCAUUCCUACCCCUCUGCAGAGAAAUAAUAAUGGCCCAGCUGCAGUUUAAAGAUGCUUUUUGGUGCAAGGAGUUCACCUUCCACACUGGCUACGAGGUGCUUGUACAGAGGUUACUGGAGGGGAAGAAGAUGUGCAAAGAUGUGGAGGAUUUGCUCAAGCAGAGAGCACAAGCAGAAGAGAGAUAUGGGAAAGAGCUGGUUCAAAUUGCCCGAAAAGCAGGAGGACAAACAGAAAUCAACACACUGAAGGAAGCAUUUGAGAUGCUCAAGCAACAAAUUGAAAGUGUUGGAAACUCUCAUAUCCAGCUGGCAGUAAUGCUGAAGGAAGAGCUGAAAGGAAUAGAGGAGUUCCGAGAAAGGCAGAAGGAGCAAAGAAAAAAGUACGAGUCUGCCAUGGAGCGGAUGCAGAAGAGCAAACUGUCCCAUUAUAAGAAAACAAUGGAGUCCAAGAAGAGCUACGAGCAGAAGUGCAGGGAGGCGGACGAGGCCGAGCAGUCCUUUGAACGCACCAGCGCUGCAGGCAACCCGAAGCAAACAGAAAAGAGCCAGAACAAAGCCAAGCAAUGCAGAGAUGCAGCAAAUGAAGCAGAGAAUGUUUACAAACAGAACAUCGAGCAGCUGGAUAAGGUCAGGACAGAGUGGGAACAGGAACAUAUCAAAACCUGUGAGGUCUUCCAGCUGCAGGAGUGCGACCGCAUCACGAUCCUGCGGAACUCGCUGUGGGUGCACUGCAACCAGCUGUCCCUGCAGUGUGUGAAGGAUGAUGAGAUGUAUGAAGAGGUUCGGGUCAGCUUGGAGAACUGUGUUGUAGAGUCAGACAUAGACUACUUCAUUAAGACAAAAAUGACAGGAACACAACCUCCAGAUGCCAUAGGCUACGAGAGCUACUACAGCCGAGAGCCCCGCCGGCGCAGCAGCAGCCCCACGCAGUCCUGCGGCGUGAUCAAGAGAUUCUCUGGACUACUGCAUGGGAGCAGCAAAAACAACACAGAAACUGCCACUCCUUCAGCCCCUCCUCUGGAGAGAACAGAAGGAGUCUAUGCAUCCAUUUUUGUCAAUGAAAAAGCUGAGAUCACAUCAUCACAGGACUACAGAGUACUUUAUGACUACACAGCACAGAACGUGGAUGAACUGGACAUCAGUGAAGGAGACACCGUGGUCGUCAUCGCAGAAAACGAGGACGGCUGGUGGACAGCAGAAAGGAACGGGCAGCGAGGCUUCGUGCCAGGCUCUUACCUUGAAAAGCUUUGAUGAAAAGGAGCCCCAGUCCUCAGACUUUACAAAUAUUCUGUUACUGAAAACAACCAGCACACAAGGUCUGCUUCAGCUGACCAAGAGCAUCCCAAUAAUAAUGUUUUCUACAACUACCACUCAGGAAAUAACCAACUGACCAUGCUUUUCUCUCCCUUGCUCCUGCCUCAUCCCAUUACUCUCCAGGCCUACACUAUCUGAAAAAAAAACCAUCUUUACUUCUGAGAGAUUAGGGCUUGCAUGUUUUGGCACAGUCCUACCCUCAGCACAUU